AUGACUUCAUUUCGUCGUCUUUACGGUAUUUUCUGCAAACCGAAGCGCAAUGGGGGCGGUAAUCUUCGACUUCUCUCUGAUCUCUUCGACAGCCACAUCUACCUGCCUUCCUACAAUCUUGGGCAGGACGGAUGGACGUGCAUCACGUCGAUGAGGAAUGGUACGGCACUUGGUCCUGGCAGGACUAAAGCAGAACAUCGAAGGAGCCUUCCACCAGUCAUUGUCAGAACCGUGGCUCGACUUUUACCGCGGAACCUGUCGCAAUGCGAAGUGCCCACUUCGUGGAAAACCAGCAACACCGUGUUGCGAAGGGAGGCCUGA